CGUAUCGAACGCCCUCGUUCGCUUCGGAGAUCAGCCGACGUUUCUGUCGUGUCGUGCUUUGAUCGAAACGAGAGUGUUGUUGUGUAUGCGGUCGGAACUGCGACGCGUUUGUUCUGUAUUACAAUAAAACAUGAAUCCAGUGCUGUGCUUAGUGAUUAAAUAACGAUGCCAGUCAAAACUUAAACAGGUGCUGUGCUGUGAAAAGUUUUACUUUGUUGUGUGCUUCAGAUUUUAAGAUGACGGAGAAAAAUAAAUCUGAAAAGAUGUCUAAUACAUCGAAACCUGUUCCCAUGAAGCUUUUUGCUGCCUGGGAAGUGGACAGGACGCCUUCCAACUGUAUUCCAAGGUUAUGCACACUGCGCGUCACCCGCCUCCGCGUGUGCGGUGCCCUUGGCGAGGCGGGCGGCGGGGCGGCGGGCGGAGCGGGUGCGGGCGCGGUGAUCCUAGCGGCGCGCAUGCACAGCAGCAAGCGGACACUGCGCUCGAACGACAUCGCCGUGCCCCUGGACGUGGAGCUCGAUCUGUGCUUCUCUCUACAGUACCCGCAUUUUGUUAAGCGUGAUGGCAAUAGGUUGCAGAUUAUGCUGCAGAGGCGCAAGAAAUACAAGAACCGCACCAUUUUAGGAUACAAGACGCUCGCCGAGGGAGUUAUUAGGAUGGACCAGGUGUUGCAGCGUUCCAUGGACAUGGAGCUGGAGCUAACCGGAGUCGGUUGCAAAGGCGGUGCAGCUGCAGGCCAGCCUGUUGCCAGGCUGUCCAUCACGGGCCUCGCGUCCACGCCCGUCGACCACGACACCAAGAACAACAACAACAUGCUCAUCACUGAACGAGGCUACUCAGACGAAGAGGAAGAGGGCGAAUUCAGCUCCGUGGAGGAAGCUGACGAGAUGACGUACGGCGCGCCGGCGCGGCGCCGGACGCACCGGCAGCUCACGUUCAACAAAGCAGAUCUAUCCUAUACUAAGCAACGCAACCUGAAGCAGAAGUUCGCGGCGCUAUUGCGGCGUUUCCGAGUGCCGGAUGAGAUGGGCGAACGCGGCGCGGCGAGAGACACGCACCAUGCUCAGAGGGAUAUAGACGAACUGUUCCAGGAGCUAGAAUCCCUAUCGUGCGGCGAGGGCGAGGACUCAGGCCCAGACCAGAUGGACACAAUCAGCAUCGGCUCCACGCCCAAACCGUCGCUGCGCCCGUUCUUCAGCAGCUCACGCAGCCUCGCCAACCAGGAACAUCACAGGCAUUCCAAUGUGAGCCGGCACGCGAGCCUCGCCUCCACGCAGCUCAGCGAGCGCCUUGCCACCGUCCCGCUUACAGAAUCGGAGGCGAUUCGAAGCUCGGCGGGCGAUGAAAGAGGCAGCGAAGGCAAUAGCGAUGGCGAUAUUACGGCUGACGCCCCUGUGUCUGGCGCUUCGGUGUCCAGCUCACCCCCUAACGAAACUAAGGUUCAGGAGGAUAAACGUUCCCGCCUCUUCCGGAGCGCGACGAGCGGUGGCAACCUCACGCCGGCCGGCGCUACGCGCAAGAAGAACUCUUUGGCCGCGUCAGACAGGCCGCUUUCGGCCCACGAGCUGCCUGUGCAGAGCCCUACCACACUAGAGCCCCGACGCACAAUGCUCGAGCAAAUCAGCCGUCUCCUUGGCGACGAUGCGCCUCUCCCGGAGUGCGUGGCCGUCGCGCCACCCGCCGCGGCCAGUGCGCUUCACGCCUUGGGAGUUCCUACUAUAGUUACCCCCGCUCCUCACGCCCCUGACGCGAGACCGCUGCUGCAGGCGCUGUAUGCGAGGGCUGGGAAACAGAGCGGUCGUCGCGGCUGCAUCCGCGUGCUGGUGGCGGGCGGCGACGGCGCGGCGGCGGCGGCGCUGCGCGCGCACGCCGAGCUGGCCGCGCGCCGCCCGCACGACGCGCCGCCGGUACGGUUCUACAUCGUGCCCAUCGGUGGCGUAACAGUGGCCAGACAUUUGGCAGCCACAGAUGCGGCGUACGGAGCAUUGUUCGGAGACGCGUGGGCCGCGUGCUGCGACCGAGCCGCCGAAGGCAGCCUACCCGACCAGACUGAGAUGUCCUCCAGGAUAGCCAGGUAUCUGAACAGCAUCGGGCCUGUCAACAACGUCCCCAUAGGCGAAGCCAUGGUGGCAUAUCGAGAGCGGUCGGGAGAUGAAGACGCCAGUCAAACUUUCGUGCCCUUUAUCGCUGAGGUCCGCGUGGGCUGCAGCGAGGGCGGCGUGUCGUCGCUGGAGCUGGAGGAGGGCGGCUCCCCGCCCGCGCGGCCCUCGCCGCCCGCCACGCCCGCGCCGCUCGACCUGCAGCCGCCGCUGCUCGCGCGCGAGCCUCUGGAGUUGCAGCUCGACUACUGGCUGGUCCCAGGACGGACAACAGAGAAUGCAGAUAGCAAAGUGACAGUGAAGGCAUCGUUCAGAGCGCUACACGUGACGCGGCAGAACGCGCACCUCUGCAUCACCUAUCUCACCAAGGAGAAGAAACAAAAGAUUAUGCGAUUGGGCAAGAAGAAAGAAAAGACUGGGGAAGCGGAGCCGGGCCGGGCGCAGACCGUUGACGGCGUCGCGCGACUCAUCUGCUCAGCUAAGGGCUCGCACAAUCUGCCGCUCAAAGUGUACAUCGACGGUACAGAAUGGAACGGCGUAAAAUUCUUCCAACUAUCGACGCAGUGGCAGACGCACGUGAAGACGUUCCCCGUGGCGACCUGCGGCGCGCCGCUCGCGCCGCCGGAGACCUAGAACUGGCUCCGCACCAAACUCGGUGUCCUGCACUCCUUGGCUUCCUCGCUCUGGCACUCAAGAGCGACCCUCGCCGGCCACGAAUAGCCGCCGAGCUAGUACGAGUUCCAAUUUGGAACGCGGCCAUUUUGAAAAAGCGCAGCGGCGAAUGCUGGCCACUAAUAAAGCGCCGAGCUUGUUUGACCAGUUCAAAUUUAGAACGCGGCCAUCUUUAAACGGCACACCCUAGGGCUGCCGACGGCUUUCCGAUGAGGCUCUGAAACUUUUCGAACGUAUCGAUUUUUAGUAUUAUAAUACGUUGGUUAUUUUGCAGUCAGUAAUGUUACGCUAUCGAGCUGCCAUGAUUUUAUUAGCGCGUAGUCAGCUUUUGUUGUGUAGCUUGAAUAGGGAUUACCGUUUGUUAUUAGAUUUGUAGUCAACUGUGUGCAUGCUUCGACUUCGAUGUUUAUCGUGUAGGUAUUCAAGUUACAUAAUAAACGCUCAAAAUCACGUUAACUAUUCAUUCAUAGUCAUUCAUUAGUUGUACGUUUAAUGUUAUAAAAACUAGAUAUUCGCAUACUCAAUAUGUAUCGAGUUGAUGAAGGGUUCGUGACAUUUCCAUAAUGUAUGUAAAGUAAGCUAGGUUAUGCAUGAGACUAGAAGAAACCGAAUUUCGGAGUAUCUGUCGGCACAUAUCAUUGUAGGUUCGUGCUGCUGAGUGCGCUCGUUUUAUUAUCUGUGAUUCGUUAAUGCAGUUUAAAAUGGCGACGGCGAUCGCCAGACAUUUUUUUGUAUAUUUUUUGUAAGCACCUAAAUUAACUGCAGUUUUUUAACUUUUGUACCGUAACGCGUAGACUUUUAAUACAAAUAGAUUGCUAGAACACCAAUAUCUUCCGCAUGUAAUAUUACGCUUUUAAUUUGAAGCCUUUUAUAGCAGGAAUCAUAUCUUUCGGUUUCCUUGAAGUUUUCACCCUCCCGUUUGAUGAUUCCGAGCCAACGACUUUAUUUAAAGGUGAUACGGCUAAUUUUAGGAGGUGUAAAACCCCAAGGGAACGGGUAAGCAACGACUGUCGAAUGAUAUCAUAGGUUAACUGUACUCUUGUAGGUUAGAGGUGUGUAUUACUCACUUGCGGCUGUGUUGUCGGAAGUUAGUCAUGUUUACCCAAGUUUCAAGAAAAUGUAAUGGAAUAAUGCUCGUGUCUCUUUAGAGAUACCCCCCACUACCGGUUAGAAAUACGCUAGUGUGGGGUCUCCCUUACAUAGCCAGUUCGUAUUGCGUGCACUGUUAAAGUUUGACUAUUAAACUAAGAUUUAAUACUUGUAGCUUUUGAAAUUACUCAGUUUUUGACAUAAGAGUUAACAAAUGAAUGCAGGUACUUCCGAGUACGUUCUGUUAUGACUUGAAGCUAAUGUAUAAAAGCGAAUAUAGGGUCAGUUUUAAAUUAUCUUUGAAGUAGUUUCCCAAAUAUUUUGUUUAAAUUGCCUAAUUACCUAAGUUAAUAAUUUUUUAGUUUUUAAGCAAUACGAAAGACGUGCCAAAUUAGAAUCAAUUUUAACGAAACCUUUUAUUUUUUUAAAUAGAGGGUUCUACAAAGUUAAUUAGAGUACAUUUUGAAAGAAAUAAAUGCAAUUCAACCUUACUAUUACACAUUAAGGUAUUGCAUAACAUUGAAAUGUAUAUUCCUCGUCCCUUGAAAGACCAGCAUGUCGAAAUUUACAGAGUCCAAGUAUAAAAAAUAUGAUUGCUACAGUGACAACUCGCAUCUAUGUACCUAUAUAUUAAAUACUCAUAGUUACCCGUUGAACUAUUUAGUCUUAGGUGUACUACAAAUAGGCAUAAAUAAAAUAUUUGGAAGAAACUAACUUUCAUAUCUAAAAUAAAUUCGACAAUAGUUUUGCCAAUAGUCGUACGCUUUCUGUAAGUAAUCGUUGUAGUCCGUUAGUGUAUGUAAGGCGUAAGAUUAAGAACAAUGAAUAUUUACAAUAACGUCUAAUAUUCUCGAUCCCCAUAUAUGAAACUGAAAACUGACUCCAAUCACCCUAGCCAAAGUUUUAGAGCACUAGCUACGCUCAAUAAUCGCUAUACCAAGUUGUACUUCUGUAACUAUCAACAUUCAUCAACUCAUGACUAUAAUAUCAACAUCGUUUACUGUACCUCAAUCUAUUAUGAAGUUGUCUCAUAAAUAGUGAAGGCAAAAAGAACUUCUUUGUUUGAAAUACAAUAUUUUUCAUUUUUAAAAACAGUUGAUAAUAACCACAAAAUUAAAAUUUUGAAUAAACCCCGACACAGUGGACCGAUUUUUAUGAAACAUGGCUAAGAACACUCCCGACUAA